UGGUUUCUUGGAAACCACUCCACAGUGCCUUUGUUAGGUUCAUAUAUAAAUUCAUAGAAUUUCAUCUCCCAAGUCAGAAACCAGAGAUCCGCUGUUUCAUCCAAAGGUUCACAGUGCUCUAUCAUCUUCAAAGUUCUUACCUUUUUUCCUUCUCUUUCUUUCUUUUUUUAUUUUCGAAGAUGGUGAAGCUGAAGACAAUCUCGACGGAGCGAAAAUUGGGUUGCGGGAGUCUCCUCGGAGGGUUUUUCCAAAGCUGGAGCCCUCGCCGGAGGAAGCCAUGUCUGCCGGAAAAGCCGCCGGAGGAACCGUAUUUGCCUCCCAAGUCAACCACCACAACGAACCCUCCGAGAAAAUUGGCAGAAACCCCCAAAAAGAAGCCAAAACCCGACGAACAUUUUCCGAGAAAAUCAUCUGAUUCCGGGAGAGUAUCAAACUCCUCGACAUCAUCGAGAACAGAUGCCAAGAGGCUGGUGGGAAACGGUGUGAUGGGAAAUAUCAUCGUGAAACAUCCUUCUUCACUGGUAGCCGUGGAGAGAAGGAAGGGGAGAGAGGGCAAAACGUUAAAUCGCAGAUUGGAACCUGAGGUUCUGAAGAGUAUGGGGAACGAAGAGUAUUCUCGAGGAAGGUUUCGGGAGGCAUUGGUGUUGUACGAGAGAGCUAUUUCAACUGACCCCAAAACGGCGACGUAUUGGUGCAACAAGUCCGCCGCUUUGAUAAGCCUCGGUCGUCUUCUCGAGGCUUGUGAUGCGUGCGAAGAAGCCAUCAGAUUGGAUCCGAGCUACGAGAGAGCUCAUCAUAGGCUCGGCACCCUCUACGUCAGAUUGGGAGAGGCUGCAAAAGCUUUGGAGCACUAUAAACGAGCGGGAAAGCACGUAGAGAUGAAACACGUGGAACAAGUCCACGAUGUCAUAAGAAGCAUCAAGAGAUGUGAAGAUGCUCGCAAAUCUAGAGAAUGGAACAUUCUUUUGAAGGAAACCUCGUUUGCCAUAUCCUAUGGAGCUGACUCUUCCCCUCGGGUGCAUGCCCUUGAAACCGAGGCAUUGCUGCAACUUCGCCGACACGAAGAGGCUUACAAUACAUACAAGAAAGGAACCAAGCUUUUCAACAUCGAUGGUUUCAUCAAGAUUUCCGGUCUCCCCGCUACUUCUUACCUCUUGACGGUGGGAGCACAGGUUUACAUAGCAGCAGGAAGAUUUGAGGAUGCAGUAACGGCGUCCCAGAAAGCGGCGAGGCUAGACCCGAGCAACGGAGAGAUAAGUAGAGUGGGUAGGAGGGCAAGGGCGGUUGCAUCGGCAAGACUCAGUGGAAACUUGCUCUUCAAGGCAUCGAAAUUCGACCUGGCUUGCGUGGUCUACACGGAAGGGUUGGAUCAUGAUCCCUACAACGCCCUCUUGCUUUGUAACAGGGCAGCCUGCAGGUACAAGUUGAACCAAUUCGAAAAGGCCCUCGAGGAUUGCACCUCCGCCCUCCACCUCCAACCUUCAUACACAAAAGCAAGACGACGUAGAGCCGAAUCUUAUGUAAAGUUGGAGAAAUGGCAGCUUGCAAUUCAAGAUUAUGAACUAUUGAUGAUAGAGACACCGGGAGACGAGGAGAUUAGGAGAUCCUUGGCCGAAGCCAAAGGCCGGUUAAGUCAGCAAUCCGGUGGAUAUGUCCACAUGGGAACCGGUUCAGAUUUGGUUUUGGUAAACCGAGUUGAGAAAAGCUCGGGGGAACUCCUCACCCAAAGUGUAUAGUUUCCGAAGCUUCAAUGAUUGGGUGUGCGAGUGUCUUUUCUUUGGUAAUUUAGGUGUGUUUUCUUGUUUGGUAAUUUAUUUGAUUUUAAGGAUUUUUUUUUUCACAGGGUAUGUCCAUUUCUUUUGUCGUGAAUGAAAAAAAAAAUUCACGUGUUGCGACUU